AUGGUCAAGUUCUCGCUCGCUGCUGCCGUGCCCCUCGCACUCGCAGCCGUUGCUGCCGCCAAACCCGACUUUGAGCGCCGCCAGGCCGCCUCGGGCUCGGGCACGCGCUCGUCGGCGUCGGGCACCGCAUCCGCCGCUGGCGCUGCUGCUCCUACGUCCACCUUCACCGGCACGCUUCCAGCCUCCGUCUCGUCGCUUCUCGCCGGCGUCUCGUCGGGCCCGGGCGUCACCACCUCCACCACCUCGCUCUUCACCACCUAUGCCGCCGGUGCCAAGAACCCGCAGGUGACCGGCGCUCCCGGUCUGCCGGACGUCAACACCAUCGCGCCUUCGAGCUUCCCUGCGCUCGACGUCAUUCCCCCGACCGACUCGGCGCAGGUGCAGAGGUGGAUCUCGCAGAUCGACUGGUCCAAGGUGCCCAACGUCACCACCACCGUCGACUCGGCCUCGUGCAGCGGCAACCCCACCAACCUCGCACAGGCCGGCGCCAACGGCAACUGCUGGUGGACGUGCGGCCAGUGCACGCGUUCCACCGACAUCACCACCUGCCCCGACGUCAACACCUGGGGUCUCUCGUACGACGACGGCCCGUCGCCCUACACGCCCACUCUGCUCCAGUACCUCAACCAGAACAACCUCAAAUCGACCUUCUUCGUGGUGGGCUCUCGCGUGAUUUCGCGUCCUCAGAUGCUCCAGACCGAGUUCCAGCAAGGCCACCAGAUCUCGGUGCACACCUGGUCGCACCACGCGCUCACCACGCUCACCAACGAGCAGAUCGUCGCCGAGCUUGGCUGGAGCAAGGAGGUGAUCCGCUCGGUCAUCGGCGUCACGCCCAACACCAUGCGCCCUCCCUACGGCGACAUUGACGACCGUGUGCGUGCCAUCUCGCUCCAGAUGGGCCUCACGCCGAUCAUCUGGACCACUCCCCCCGGCGGCAACCCGUACGACACCAACGACUGGAAGAUCGCCGCCGGCGUCGUCUCGCCCGCCGAGGUGGUGUACAACUUUGAGUCGAUCAUCAAGAACGCCUCGUCGCUCUCCACCGGCUACAUUGUGCUUGCGCACGACCUCUACCAGCAGGCCGUCGACAUUGCCGUCAACAUUGUGCUGCCUGCCGCGCAGCAGAUGAGCCCCAAGCAGAACCUCAUGCCAAUUGUGCAGUGCCUCAAGAAGCCCGCCUCGGACGCCUACGUUGAGACGUACGCCAACAGCUCGGGUUCGCUGCCUAACGAGGUAGGCACUUCGGGCACCCACUCACUCACCGCCACCCAGGCUGCUGCCGGCUCGCUCGCCACCGCCACUGGCGGCAGCUCGGGCUCGGGCUCGGGCUCGGGCUCCUCGGGCGCGUCGAUGGGUUCGGUCCCCUCGUUCGUGCUGCCGACCGCUGUGCUCGGUCUGGUGAUGCUCAGCUUUGGCCUGCUCGUCUAA